GUCUAGCCUACACAACCUUCACUACCCCGUCGUCUUUUAUCUUCAACGAACUUAGACUUUGUUUUCAUCUCAAGGUGAUUGCAAUACUCAUGGCUAAUAUGUCUUCUUUGUCUUUUGUCGUAGCACUGGCAAUUUUCGCCCUUGUUUUUUCUCAUGCAUUUUCUACAUCACGGCGAGUUUUAGAGCAUCCGAAGGCGCAAAAUGGCUUCCGAGUGAAGCUCAAACAUGUUGAUUCGGGUAAGAACUUAACGAAAUUCGAGCGUAUUCAACACGGGGUUAAGCGUGGAAGACACAGGUUGCAAAGAUUCAAAGCAAUGGCACUGGUAGCGUCUUCUAAUUCUGAGAUUGAUGCCCCAGUUCUUCCCGGGAAUGGUGAGUUCUUGAUGAAUCUAGCUAUUGGCACGCCACCGGCGACUUAUUCUGCAAUAAUGGACACAGGUAGCGAUUUGAUAUGGACUCAGUGCAAGCCUUGCACACAGUGUUUUGAUCAACCCACUCCUAUUUUCGAUCCAAAAAAGUCCUCUUCUUUCUCUAAGUUAUCAUGUUCUAGCAAAUUAUGUGAAGCACUACCCCAGUCCACUUGCAGCGAUGGCUGCGAAUAUCUGUAUGGUUAUGGCGAUUAUUCUUCAACACAAGGAAUUCUGGCAAGCGAAACUCUCACGUUUGGCAAGGUUUCAGUUCCUAAAGUUGCAUUCGGUUGCGGAGAAGAUAACGAGGGAAGUGGAUUCAGCCAGGGUUCUGGCCUAGUGGGGCUUGGCCGUGGACCCUUGUCAUUGGUUUCUCAACUCAAGGAGCCCAAGUUCUCAUAUUGCUUAACCUCUGUUGAUGACACAAAAGCCAGCACACUAUUGAUGGGAUCUCUAGCAAGUGUGAAAGCAUCAGACAGUGAAAUCAAGAGCACCCCUUUAAUCCAGAACUCAGCACAGCCAUCAUUUUAUUAUCUUUCUCUUGAAGGAAUAUCAGUGGGUGACACUAGCUUACCUAUCAAGAAAUCUACCUUUUCACUCCAAGAAGAUGGAAGUGGUGGCCUUAUUAUUGACUCUGGCACUACAAUAACCUAUUUAGAACAAAGUGCUUUUGAUUUGGUUUCCAAAGAGUUCACCUCUCAGAUGAAUCUCCCGGUGGACAAUUCCGGCGCGACGGGGCUCGAAGUUUGCUUCACAUUGCCAUCAGGCUCGACCGAUAUAGAGGUGCCUAAGUUGGUAUUCCACUUUGAUGGAGCAGACUUGGAAUUGCCAGCCGAAAACUAUAUGAUUGCUGAUGCAAGCAUGGGAGUAGCUUGCUUGGCCAUGGGGAGCUCAAGUGGAAUGUCUAUUUUCGGCAAUAUUCAGCAACAGAACAUGUUAGUGCUCCAUGACCUUGAGAAGGAAACCUUGUCAUUCCUUCCAGCACAGUGUGAUGAACUAUGAGCUUGUGUUCUAAUUAGGUUAUUCCUUCGCGUGCUUGCUUGAGUGUGUUUACAGAAAUUGCAUUGUUAAAUUAACCUCCUGGUUACUUGCACUUAAUUACGAUGCAACAUUCCUUUCA